AUGAAACCGACAACGACGUACUCAAAACUCAACCAGAGAGAAGAAGAAUCUUCUUGGAUCUCAGACGACAAGGAAUCCGAAGACUUAGAGACACGGAGUAGCAGAUGGACGCGUCUCUGCGCCUACGCCCUGAGUAUCGUGCUCGGGGGUAUGACCUGCGGGGUCUUAGGCUACAUUCUCCUGAAUUUAUCGACCCUGAGAACAUCGCCGUCUACAUCCGAGCUUCAUUGCGGCAACUCAUCCACGGAAGCUCGUGCCCUCGGGUGCGUAUUCGAUUUGCUCACCAACAACUGGAUGCCCGAAUACUGCUCCGACCCGGCCACUGAUUCGGAAUACCGAACAUGGGUCAUGGAGCCCCAGCGACAUCUUGGGGCCUGGGCAUUCUACUACGACAAAAACGCAGAGCAUCAGGUGGCCUCGGAGGAAGAGCUGUCAAACCUUGUUGGAAGGCACGUAUACACAACCACGGAGAAUCACCUAGCACACUGCACGUUUGUUGCACGUCGGAUGCAUCGCCUCGCCAUUGGCGAGAUUACUGCUGUUGCUCACAACACUUUUGCGCAUACAAUGCAUUGUACUUCGGCCAUUCUCGACGCCAUCAGUACUCCGGAACAUCACUCGGCGCAUCAUGCAGGCUCCACGUUUGACGUUGGCAUUGUCUCGUGCGCGGUGUAG